GAAGUGCAACAGGAAGAUGGAAGGGGGGGAAGAGAGGCUCAGGAGUAAGUGAAAUUUAACUCAGCAGCCACAUCAAGGGCAGCUGCCUGCAAGAGGAGAGCGCCUCGGCCUGCGGAGAUUCCAGCACACAAAGGGUUAACUAACCCCAGUUUCCUGCAUUGCUGCUUCUGUAGGAGUUGGUGAAACUUUCUUGGAAUGUAGGGCGAGUUUCUUCUUCCCCACCUGGGCAGGAGCGACCAUGAUGGACAACGGCAUGGACUUCCAAACCGACGCGCGUCCAGAACCUGGCUUUGGCAGCCACAGCCUUCCCGGGGAGCUCCUGGAGCCUCCAGCCAUGGACCUGGAGGAAGGUGCCUCGCCAAGACUGGCCAUGCCAACAGCCUGUGAACAAAGCCUGCACGGCCUGCAGCAGCCUGGAUCCCCCUUCAGUGCCCUGCGCACCGACCUUAACCCCUCUGCCGCUGAGGCUGAACUGUGUCUCGGUGCAGCCAUCGCAGAGCCGACUGUCCCCGAAAGUGCCCUGGGGGGCCUGCAGACCCCCAGCUCUCCAGCUGCUCUGGACUCAGCCCUCUGGGCAGCUGGGGAAACUUGUGAUGACGCUUGCAAGGACCUGGGAGGGGGGAUGGAAGGCUGUGAGGACGCUACAGUACCUGGGAGCGAUGCUGACUGGAAAGGGAACCCAGAGGGAGCCCACCGCGGGGUGGGUUGUCCCAGAGUCCUGGCUAGCCCGGAGCAGAGUGACCUGGUUUGCAUGGACCUGGAUGAGGAGCCUGAGGCCCACCUGAGAGGGGAGGGGUGGGCCGAGAGCUUGGAGGAGGACGACCAGUUGGAGAUCCAGGGCCUCCUCGCCCAGCUCCAGACCCUUAGCCCCAGCUUCCGCGAUGACUCGCCUGCCUCGGAGGACGACCCGCUGCUGGCGUCGGACUGUGGCGCAGGCCCUUUUGGGGGAGACGCGGCGCUUCCCCACCAACCGGCCUUUGGCUGCUGCCGGGGCCUGCUGGGCGAGUGCCCUCCCUGCCUGCUGCACGUUGCCAUGGGGAGAGGCCUGGCAAUGCCGUCCUGCCACGCUCAGCCCUCCACCUGCUCCCAGAGGAGCCGGGAGAGCCAUGGCCUGCUCUUUGCAGAGGCUGACCGGGAGGACUUGCUAAGCCUCCUGCACCACGAGGGGGGGCUCCCAGCGGAGGCCAGUGAGGAGACCCCCCUCGCCAGGUCAGACGUCCUGGCCGGGAGCGACGGGGAGGCCCUGCAGAGUCAGGAGAGCCCGGCGGCCCAGCAGGCGGAGGAGGCCGCUUCGCAGCCAGGCAGCUCGCAGGCAGAAGGCUCCAGCCGGUGGUAUCGGAAAGGGGGAGACCAUGAGGGAGACUCUGCCUGCGUGUCUCCAGGCAGUCGGGACAGCUCCCCAGAGCCUGUGUGGGUGGCCAUGUCCCCUCCUCCCAGCCAGGGCCUGGAGCAGCCCACCCCCAGGAGCACGGCUGUUAAAGAAUCCCGGGCGGCCUAUCCAGCCUUCAAAGAGGUGGCAGGCCCCUGUGAGCCGGAGGAUCUCCUGGACGGAGUGAUCUUCGGAGCAAAGUAUCUGGGCUCCACACAGCUGGUCUCGGAGAGGAACCCCCCCACCAGCGUCCGCAUGGCGCAGGCCCAGGAGGCCGUGGACAGGAUAAAGGCGCCGGACGGGGAGUCCCAGCCCAUGACCGAGGUGGAUCUGUUUGUCUCCACCCAGAGGAUCAAGGUCCUGACAGCCGACUCGCAGGAGGCCAUGAUGGACCAUCCGCUCCAGACCAUCUCCUACAUCGCGGACGUCGGCAGCGUCGUCGUGCUGAUGGCACGCAGGAAGCUGCCACGGCGGGCGGACACCUCGGGGGAGAAGCGGCUCUACAAGAUGAUCUGCCACGUCUUCCAUUCGGCUGACGCUCAGCUGAUUGCCCAGGCCAUCGGGCAGGCCUUCAGCGUGGCUUACCAGCAGUUGCUGCAGGCCAGCGGCAUCGACCCGAGCCAGCUCUCCCCCAGCCAGGACAGCCGCGCCCUGGAGAGCCAGGAGCUGCACAACGGGGACCUGGCCCACUUCUCCAAGCAGGAGAACUGCAAGGAAGUCUGCAUCCGCAAGCAGAAGGGGGAGAUCCUGGGCGUCGCUGUGGUGGAGUCGGGCUGGGGCUCCAUCCUGCCCACCGUGGUCGUCGCCAACCUCAUGCAUGGGGGCCCCGCGGAGAAGUGCGGGGAGCUGAGCAUCGGGGACCGGCUCAUGUCCGUCAACGGGACGAGCCUGGUGGGGCUGCCCCUCAGCACCUGCCAGAGCAUCAUCCGGGACCUGAAAUCGCAGACCGAGGUGACGCUGAGCAUCGUGCACUGCCCGCCCGUCACCACGGCGAUCGUCCGCCGGCCCGACUCCAAGUACCCGCUGGGCUUCUGCGUGGAGGACGGCAUUAUCUGCAGCCUGAUGCGAGGGGGGAUAGCGGAGAGAGGCGGCAUCCGCGUGGGCCAUCGCAUCAUCGAGAUCAACGGGCAGAGCGUGGUGGCCACGCCGCACGAGAAGAUCAUCCAGAUCCUCACGCAGGCCGUCAGCGAGGUCCAUAUCAAGACCAUGCCGGCCUCCACCUACCGGUUACUGACAGGCCAGGAGCAGCCCAUAUUCCUCUGAAGGGCGGAGUUUGCAUUUACCCAUCUGUGGCUCUGCACAUGCUCCAGCUGCCUGCUUUGGAGCCCUGGCCUGGGGCAGCAGCUGCGUCUACAGGUCCCUCGGGGCCUGCUGGGGGCCAGAUCCCGCCGCUUUUCUUGUUUCAUGCAGGGACCCACAAGGCAAACCCCCCUUUGGCCUUUUCUGGAUGUACUGUGCCUGACCUCACCACACGAGGGGGCUUUGCACCAGGCCUUAGAGACAGGGACCCAAGCUCCUUGGCUCCUCUCCUGGGCCUCGGCUCACUCACCUGUUCCGCUGCCGGAGUCGCCGGGUUGCGGAUCAGGGGCCUUGUUGAUGGGGUGGGCCCUGGAGAACACAAGUGCAUCAAAGGGAGCCCUGUGCCCCUCCUCGCUGCCUGCAGGUGGAAGAUCCCGC